CCUCCCCUUCCUCUAAUUCCCCAACAUUUAGAAACGUGUGCGACGCCGUCAACUGAUCAGAAGAAAAAAAUGGUGAAGCCUAUGAGAAGUACCAUUAGAAGACGGAAGAGGCUCUCCGGGAGCGGCGCUCGUCUCCGGCGCUGGAGAGAUUCCCGAACUUCCGCCGACGACAGCGGUGGAACGGACGAUGAUUCCUCGUCAUUGUGUUCCUGCAGCGAUUCGAGCCUGGAUAGCGGCGAAGGCGCCACCAACGUUGGGAAAGUGGACUUCAGGAAGUAUGGGUUUACGGUUUUCGACGUCCCGGAAGAGCUGACGGGACGGUGGUCUUUGGAGAAUACGGCGGCGAAUGAAGGGAAACUGGAAGGCGGCGGCGGCGGGUGGGAGAGGGUGUUGGGUGGCGUUGGGAGUUACUACGGGACGCUUAUAAGCGGCGCGGCGUUUGGGGCGGUCUCUAUGGGAAUUUUCAUGGUUAGAUUCUUUGGUUGUUUUUACAAUGUUGAUGACCACCUGGGUGCUCUGACUCCCACAUGAAAAUAUGUAUUCCACAUUAAUGGAGAAAACAUAGCAAAAUUUUAUGUACUUUAUUAGAGAAGUUUAUUUAGAUGUUAUUUCAAUAAUGAGAUCAGUUUGGUGCGUGUACAUUUUUCACUUUUAUACACUUGUCUUAUGUAUAAAGAUAAAAAC